UCCGCAAGAUGGCGGUGGGGUGGGAGGGCCGCCCGCUGUAGCUCCGGGGAGCGGUGCCCGGCCAUGGCGGACCUGGGCCGGCAGCUGCAGGAGUACCUUGCGCAAUCGAAGGCCGCUACCGCCGCCAACGCGAGCCCUGCGCCGCCGCUCGCAGGCUGCUCGCAGGAGGAGCCGGCGGGGAGCGGCGGCCUGGGGGCCUGGCUGGGCCCGCUGAACCCUUUCUCGCCGGGCCGCGGCGACCCCCCUGCGGCGGUCAGCUCGGGCUCGGGCUCGGGCCGGGGCUGGGGCUGGCCGUGGGCCGCCGAGGCGGACCCCUGCCUGCCGGGGCUGUCGCGCUGGCAGCGGCUGGCAGGGAGCGGGCUGUGCCUGCUGCUGGCCGCCCUCUGCUUCGGGCUGGCCGCGCUGUACGUGCCGCUGCUGCUGCUCCGAGCCCGCAAGUUCGCGCUGCUCUGGUCGCUCGGCUCGCUCUGCGCCCUGGGCGCCGCAGCCCUGCUGCGCGGGCCCGCCCGCCUGCUGCGGGAGCCCAGCCGCGGCUCCCUGCUCUACCUCGGCGCCCUCGGCGGCACCCUCUACGCGGCGCUGGGGCUGCGCAGCACCCUCCUGACGGCGCUGGGCGCCGCGACCCAGCUGGGCACCGCCGGCGCCGCGCUCCUGGCCGCGCUGCCCGGGGGUGCCGCCGGCCUCCGCCGCCUCGGUGACCUCCUGUGCGCUGCGGUGCGGCAAAGCGGGGGCAAAGCGCUGCCGGUGUGAGUCCCGCGCCGCAGCCCGGCGGGACAAUGACGGAUGGACUGAGACUGGCGCCCGGCGGGGCACGGAGGCGCCUCUCCGAGACGGGGAUGAGGAUGGCGCCGUCUGCGCGCCGCUUCCUUCAUCUCCUUUCGUUGCUGCUGGGCUUUCUUCGCCAGCUCCUGAACGAGAAGAACAGCGGCUGGCACCCGCGAGCGGCACCGGGGACUCUAAACGCGUUGUCUGUGCUCAGGUGUGACGGGCUUGGUGCCAGCUGAGCACAGGAUUCUGCCUUACUGCAAGGGCAGCUCCGUAGCCGUGGUCUGGAGGCUCUCCGGCUCGGGUAGGAGCUGGCAGCAUCCCACUUCCGUACCUCCAGUCUAGGACCAUAUGGCUGCUGCAGCCUGCUUCAAAACGAUGGCAGACUAGCAAGCAGCGGUGGUUUCCUGUGUUAUGGAAUGUUAACAUCAGCACCACUUGUAAUCAGCAGACAGCUGUGGCUAAAGGUGAAAAUGAAAGCUCUCUGUGCAUCACAAACCAAAAAACUAGGAAUCAUCCAGCUAUGAGUAUUUCAGACAGUUGAGGUUUCAGGAGGCAGUUCUGUUGCUCUAUCUGAUACACAAGUCUGCCUAAAGACAGCCCUCUUUAUAGUAAUAGGAUUCUGAUUUCCGCCCUCCUUCAAAGCGUGGAAAUUCAUCUGGAGUAGGAAGUAAACCCUUCCGGCCUCCUGCACAGUAAGAGAUGCAGUGGACAGGAGACAUUGGAUUCAUGACAAUACCGUAAUUUGCCCAAGAAGUGUCUUUGCUUCCUCAUCCUUGCAUUUCAGUAUGGAAGAAUGUUCCCCUCACCUCUCAGAGCACCACGACCUCGGCCCCGAGCACCAUGGUCCCUUCCUCUUGAGUUUUCGUCUGGAGAGUCAAAAGCAUCAUCUGGCCCAAAAUCUUCAGGUCCAGGAAAGCCAUCUCUCCCCCUGGUUCCCCGGCCCUCGUGUCUUGAGGGUCCUCCUCUUCUGAAGCUACAAGAAAGAACAUGGUACAAAUGUGGGGUUUAGAUAGAAUUUAGACUGAGAAACUUCAAUCAGCUUCAGUUAAAUCAUCAACUCAUUUCUGAACUGUUUUACUUAAUAUAGCACAUACAGUUACUAGAAUAGGAUUUGUAGGUGGAAAAGUGCUCAUUUUCUGCCUAUGAACACUUUGCUUAUUCAUUUUUGUGGUUUCCCCUCAUUUCUUUCUGCUGAUUGUGUUGGUUUUUCAAACAAGAAAAAUACUUUCAGAUACACUGUGUUCAUUUAAUAAAAGGGUGGGGGAGAAAUCAGUGAGUGAUGACAAAUAGAAGGUAAAGUGAAUUUCCCUUAAUGUGGUGGUCUUCUUUCCCCUUCCAUUUUUUUCCCUUCCAUUUUAGUAAUAAAAACAAACUGGAAGAAUUCAA